AUGCCUGCCACUGAAAGCAAUAACCACCCCUUGCAGAGGAGGAGUAAUACACCAGGAUCACACAUCCCAGUAUCAAACGAAGAAGCAAUAACUGAUGUUGAUACUGUUGAUUUCGUUACUGAUGCUGGUGAUACUGCCACUGCUGCUAAUACUACCACUACGACUAAUACUACUACUAAUACUAAUAGUAUUGCUGAUACCACCAAUAUCAAUACCAACGCAAACACCAACACUAGUACCAAUACCAACACUCCUAUUGACGCUGCUAGUACUAUUAUUGAUACUACCACCAAUAAUUCUAAUAAUAUUACCACCAUCAUCAAUGCCGAACAACAAGCUCAGCAACUACUCAAGUUACAACAGUUGCAACAACAAGAAAAAGAGAAAAAGCAACAACAACAACAACAACAACAACAACAGCAGCAGCAGCAGCAGCAACAGCAGCAACAACAACAAAACCAAGAACAACCAGAGAAGUCAUCAUUGGGAUCUAUACUUCAAUUUGAUGGCUCACAUAGAGUAACCAAUCAAAGAGAUGAAUUAACCUCUGUGAGUCUCAAAAGCACCAUUUAUGACAAUAAUCAUGAAGUCCCAAAUAAAAGACCAAACACCACCAGUUUCAACUCAUCAGCAUCCUGUCCCAUAGCUGCUCCAUCUUCUGCAUCAUCAUCAUCAACAACAACAACAACAACAGCAGCAGCAAAUUCUAAUUGUAAUAGCGCCGGUAAUAAUAAUAUAAAUUCUCAGUCGCAAGAUGAUUCAUUUCUUCCAUUUUCACGCACAUCUCCACAAAAACAAACACAAGACAAUGAUUUAUCGUUUAACCAGCAUACCAAGCCAAUAAAAGGAUACAACUUGGAUUAUUUCAGUCUGAAUAAUCGCUAUCACCAUCACUACUAUGAUUACAACCACAAUUACAACCACUACAACUGUAGUCAGUACUCCAAAAUCCCACACCAGUUUCAUAGUCAAUAUCUACAGCCUAAUGCACAAUUUGUAGGUGAGCAACAAUCAGGCAAAUCACGUUUCCAAAUCAAAGUCGAAUUCAAAACGGUUGAUCUUGAAAACUCACUCGUAACAGGAUUUCUUCAAAUUAAUGGAUUGACCAAGGACCAUUCUGAAAUUACCACUUACUUCCGUGGUGAAGUUAUCAAUAACCCAUUGAAUACACUUAAAUCACAACAACCAACACAUCUCUACCAGCAAAGAUCUGCACCAUUCAAGAGAUAUUCAUUUAUGUCUGAGGAUAAGAACUGGGGACUGCAUCCACAAAAUGAUAUAGAACACUGGAAGAAACUCACUGACUGCCAGAUGAUGCCCACUGAUGCUUUCAAGGAGAAGUUGAAGAGAAUUUACCAAGGUGAAACAACAGAUGAAGGUGGUGAUCAUCUUAUUUAUAUGAGAUGGAAAGAGGAGUUUCUCUUACCCGAUUCCAGAGUUAAGCUGAUUCCAAAUGCCUCUUUCGAGGGCUUCUACUAUAUCGUGUUGAACCUCGGUGCCGGGAGAAGGCGGGAGUAUACCACUGGUUCUGGGUUUAAUACUGAUUCUAGUUCUGAUUCUGAUUCUGGUUCUGGUAGUAUUUCUGGGUUAUACUAUCAUAACUCAUCAGAAAAGUUUCAAUCUUUAUCUCUUCAGCAUGUUGAACAAAGAGGAGUCUCGCAGGUAUUUGACUUUAACUAA